GCCAUUAAUAGUCCAGGUAUGGCUGGUUAGGAUUUCGAGCCUGCUUAAGCUGAUCUUUGUUCGAUUGAGCGUCCACUCGUCCAGUAGUUUUCGAGCAGACUCUAAGCCCUAACCCCGUCCCGUCCCGUCCCGUCCAUUGAACCGGCCUCGGUGUUGCAACUUUGUAAGUUCAAACUCCCCCACCUCUACCCUCACCCCCACUGGGUGUAGCUUCUACCAACUGCCCCCACCUCCACCCCCACCCCCGUCUGCCUUCUCUCUCCGCCGCGUCUGUCUGCCGUGGGCAGCCAUGAGUAUGAGCAACUGUGAGGUGUCGAGAGCUUUCAUAGGAGCAGGCUGCAAUAGAAUCGUCAACAACGUUUCCUGGGGCGCCUCUAAUCUUGUAGCUUUUGGUGCCAAUAACGCCGUCGCCAUUUUCUGCCCCCAGACAGCCCAGAUUUUGACUACACUUCCUGGUCACAAAGCUGCUGUUAACUGCACUUAUUGGCUACCCACUUCCAAGUUUUCUUUCAGAGCUCAACAACUAAGGCAGCAUUAUUUGCUCUCUGGGGAUGCUGAUGGUACCAUUAUGUUAUGGGAAGUCUCUCUCACAGAUGGAAAGUGGAGACAAGUAUUGACAGUACCACAACCUCAUAAGAAAGGUGUCACAUGUAUCUCUGGAAUAAUGUUUUCUGCAACUGAAGCAAUUUUUGCUUCAACUUCUUCUGAUGGUACUGUGAACAUCUGGGAGAUUAUCCUUCCAGUAACUGUUGGAGGGGACUGUAAACUGUCGUAUCUGGAGUCUCUAUCUGUUGGUUCAAAAACAAUGGUUGCACUUGCGUUAGCGGAGUUGACUGAUAAUACAGGACAUGUUGUCCUCGCCAUGGGGGGUUUGGAUAACAAGAUUCAUCUGUAUUGUGGAGAGAGGACAGGAAAGUUUGUUCGUUCUUGUGAACUAAAAGGACAUUCAGAUUGGAUUAGAAGUUUGGACUUCUCCUUGCCUGUAGGCAAAGAUGAGGAAAGAGAGACUUUGUUACUUGUGAGUUCGUCACAGGAUAAAUCUAUACGCAUAUGGAAAAUGGUCUUAUGUGACACCUCAGGUAACCCUGAAAGGAAAGGUGUAAUAGGCUUAGCAUCAUACAUUGAAGGUCCUAUUUUUGUUUCUGGCUUAUCUACUUAUCAGAUAUCACUAGAGUCCCUGCUUAUUGGACAUGAAGACUGGGUGUAUUCAGUCCAGUGGCAGCCACCUUCUAUUACAUCUACAGAAAGGAGAGGAUACAUACAACCCCAAAGCAUUUUAUCUGCAUCUAUGGACAAGACAAUGAUGAUCUGGAAACCCGUGAGGAAUUCUGGCAUCUGGAUGAAUGUUGUCACUGUUGGGGAGCUUAGUCAUUGUGCUUUGGGAUUUUAUGGUGGGCAUUGGGGUUCAAAUGGGGAUGCCAUUUUGGCACAUGGAUAUGGUGGGUCUUUCCAUCUCUGGAAAAAUGUUGGUAUUGAUUCUGAGAAUUGGCAGCCGCAAAAGGUUCCUUCUGGACAUUAUGCAGCUGUAUCGGACAUUGUAUGGGCCAGAUCUGGUAAAUUCUUGCUAUCAGUUAGUCAUGACCAGACAACUCGAAUCUUUGCCCCGUGGUUGAGCCAUAUGGAAGAUAGGUGCUUUUGGCAUGAAAUUGCUCGUCCUCAAGUUCAUGGUCAUGAUAUUAAUUGCGUGACGCUCAUACAAGGGAAGGGAAAUCACCGCUUUGUCAGUGGAGCUGAUGAGAAAGUGGCCAGAGUAUUUGAAGCCCCUUUGUCCUUUCUGAAGACAUUAAAUUGUGCUGUUUCACAGGAAUCAGACAUCCAGGAAGACAUUCAGUUGGAUGUUCAAAUUUUAGGGGCAAAUAUGUCUGCUCUGGGAUUAUCGCAGAAACCUAUAUAUGUUCAUGCUGCUCAUGAGACUACAGAGAGACCUGACAGUGACGUGGUCGACACACUUGAAACUGUCCCUGAAGCAGUACCAGUUACAUUGACUGAACCGCCUAUUGAGGAGCAACUGGCAUGGCAUACAUUGUGGCCCGAGACGCACAAGCUUUAUGGUCAUGGAAAUGAGUUGUUCUCUUUGUGUUGUGAUCACGAGGGAAAGCUUGUCGCCUCUUCUUGCAAGGCCCAGACAGUUCCAGUGGCAGAAAUAUGGCUAUGGCAGGUUGGAUCCUGGAAAGCAGUUGGUCGGUUACAGUCUCAUAGCUUGACUGUGACGCAGAUGGAAUUUUCGCAUGAUGACACUUUACUUCUUUCUGUCUCUAGGGAUCGUCAGUUCUCUGUCUUCUCCAUAGAAAGAAAAGGUGUUGACGAAGUAAGUUAUGAGCUUUUAGCGAGGCAAGAGGCUCACAAAAGGAUAAUAUGGGCAUGCUCUUGGAAUCCUUUUGGCCAUGAAUUUGCAACUGGUUCAAGAGAUAAAACAGUGAAGUUAUGGUCAGUGGUGAACAGAAGUUCCGUGAAACAUGUGUCAACUCUGCCACCAUUUCCAUGUAGUGUUACUGCCUUAUCUUGGCUUGGAAUUGAACGUCAAAAUAAUCAUGGUCUAUUAGCAGUUGGAUUGGAAAACGGAUUCAUAGAACUCUGGGGUCUCUCUGGUAGAUAUGAAGAUGGAUGUAUGUCAGUUGCAGGAUUUACAGCUAAUGUUGUUGCGCGGUUGGAUCCAUUCAUGUGCCAUGCAUCAACUGUGCAGCGUUUAGCAUGGAGAAACUCAGACAAGGUAGAAAACUGCGUAAAGAACCAGCUUGCUUCUUGUGGGGAUGAUAACUGUGUACGUGUUUUUGAGGUGAAUAUUAUUAAUCAAUGCUAGGAUUUUACUACAAUGCUGGGAGAAUAGUUCAUUUACCUUUCUUUUUAAUUUGAGGGAAAUUCAUUUACUUUUUUUUUUUGAGGGAAAUUCAUUUACUUAUUUAUCACUGAAUCUAGGUACUUAGUUUUGUCCCUUUACUUGUACCCAUUGUUUUGGUAAUAGAUAGGUAAUGUGGUGAAUUGUGUUGAUGAAUCUACAAAUACUUUCUUCUUGACA